GCCUCUAAGAUGAUCUCACAUCCUCAUUUCUGAGAAGGAGGAAGUCAGGUGAAAAACAUAACAACUUUCUACAGUAGGCCAAUACAUAAUUUUGAUCUGCAUAUGUAAGUGCUAAAAAUAAACUAUUCGGAAAGCUUCAUAAGGAACAGAACAUUUGUUUAACGCUAUCUAUUGAAAGCGAAAGUAAAACUUCUGCGAACGUAGUCUACCAACAAGCCUAAACAUUUGGAGCCAUGGCUGAUGAAGAUGACAUUACAGACAGGACGUGUCCACUGGAAGAAAAUUUAUCUUGCCCUAUAUGUAUGAGUAUUUUCCGGAACCCAGUACUGUUGUCCUGUUCGCACAGCUUCUGUAAAGAAUGCUUGGACCAGGCCUGGAAGAAUAAAACGAGGAAGGAUUGCCAGGUCUGUAGGAACGACUGCACCCAGGAGCAGCCCAUAGCUAACCGCGCUUUGAAGGAUGCCUGCGAAUCCUACCAGAAGCAGAAAGGAUGGUUUUGUUCGAAUGUGAAGACGGUGUGUACUCUUCACAAUCGCGAGUUUCAACUCUUUUGCGGAGAAGACGAGACACCUGUGUGCGUGGAGUGCUUGACGCUUCACGACGGACACGACCUUAUUCCACUGGACCAGGGGAUCCAUUUUUGUAAGGACAGGAUGAACAUACAAAUUAACAUCUUGGAGGAAAAAGUGCACACUUACAAAAGGAUGAAAAGCCGAUAUGUUGAUACAAUUUCCUUCAUACAGGACCAAUCAGAGACAGCGGAGAAGCUGAUCAGGCAGGAGUUUGAUCGCCUACGUAAGUUCCUCAACCAGGAUGAGGAGACGAGGAUCCAGGCCCUGAAGAACGAGGAGGAACAAAAGAAGCAGGCCAUCAAUGAGAAGGUGGACAUCCUGACCAAGGACCUCGCCAAUCUACAGGAGCUCAUCAAUAACGUCAAGACGGAGAUGGAAGCAGAGGACCUGGACUUUGUCCUGAACUUCAACAAACUGAAAGAUCGUGCACUGUGGACAGAUGAGGGCCCUCAGAGGGACCCGGCUGAGCUCAUUCAUGUGGCCAAGCACACCGGAGCUGUGGGCUACAAGAUUUGGGAGAAGAUGCAGAACCAAGUGCAGUGCCUGCCCGUGAUCAUGGACCCAAACACCCUCUCGCCCUGGCUGCGCAUUAGUCCUGAUUUCCGCAGUGUGAUGGAGAGCAAGGAGCGCCAAGCCUUCCCAGACAACCCAGAGCGCUUCGACCCCUGUGUGUUCGUGCUGGGCUCUGAGGGCUUUGGCGCCGGGCGGCACCGCUGGGACGUGUACGUGGGCGACAACCCUAAGUGGGUUCUGGGCAUCUGCAAGGAAUCGGUGGUGCGCAAGCGCAAGUUCACCGUCACCACCACUGGCGGCGUGUGGACCAUCAGCCUUAGCAAGGGCGUGUACAGCGGUCUGACCACGCCUCGCACCGAGCUGAAAGUGGAACACCCCCCCGACACAAUCCGGGUCAAGCUCAAUAUGGACAAGGGCCAGGUGUCCUUCUGGGAUGCUGGCAGCAGCCGUCACCUCCUCACCUACACCGCCAAGUUCCCUGAGAGGGUUUUUCCGCUGUUCGGCCCCAAUCUGCACAGUACCCCCAUGACCAUCCUGCCUGCCAAGGUCACCAUUCACCAGCAGUAGCCCCUGUUGCCCAGCAUAUCUUUUGCGCCUUAAAUGCCUUAUUUCUGUUGUUGCUUGUGUCAUGUUUUCUAGAUAUGUAAUUUCCCCUCUGGUAGGUAGUUAAAAACACUGUGGUGUACAUCUUUAUCUUUUUUUUUUUUUGGAAAGGGUUUUUUGUCAUAAAAGCCUUGGAAGUCCUGUUUGGAGAGAGUGGAUUUCGAAAGCCUUGUCUUGUGUUUCCUGUCAGUCAGAAGAGUCUGAUGGAAUAGAGUGUUCUCCUGACGACAGCAUUCCAGCUCCUCUGGGUUGACUUGUGUGCGCCUCAAUGUUGGCAAUUCAGUCUGUAAGUUUACCACUAGGGGGCAGAGUGUGGCUCUGCUGAUGUGAGCUGAAUUUACAGCCGAGUCUAUGCACAGAGGUCACCGAAUUAAUGUUGCUGGUAUGCAGCAGUCUGUCAGUAAUCCAAGCUGUACACAGAGUCUGUUAACAGACCAUCAUGAGGAACAUUGGCUUGUGGCAAAACCUGUGGCAGGCUUAAUUUCCAACCAAACAUCAAUUUAGAAAAAGAAAAAAAAAUAGAAAACAGGCUCUGAGAAAAGUUUGUAAGGCAUUAUCACACCUAUUAAUCUGAAAAAUGAAGCAUUUAAUGGUAAUAACAAACAAUAUUAUUUUAUAACCAUACUUGCAAUAAAUGCAUUGCAAAAAUGUAUAUGAAUUAUUAUUAUUAUGCUGUGUAGACAAUUACAAAUGCCAGGAAUAAAGUCAUGCAUGUAAAUGUGUGAACCUGUGGGUGUGUGUGUGUGUGUGUGUGUGUGUGUGUGAACUUGUGUGUGGGUGUGUGUGUGUGUGUGAACUUGUGUGUGGGUGGCCGCCUUGGAGGUGUUCAUUCUUCACUGGAACAGAAAAGGUGUGUGUGCGUGUGUGUGUGUGUGUGUGUGUGUGUGUGUGUGUGUGUGUGUGGGUGGGGGCAGAAAUGUUCUGAUCGCCUUGGAGGUGUUCAUUCUUCAUUGCUUUUUCCCCCUUUUAUCUUUCAUUAUUUGUAAAGCCUCUCUAACCUUCUGUAACUGAAUGGAAAGAAAUGGUGGGAGAGAUGACAAUGUACACUGAGAUUUGUCAGAGCGUUCUUUGGGUGAAAGGGGCUUUCAUGUUUGUAUUUACAUAGCAGCGAAUCAGCAGCUUGUCUAUGUCGGUUUGACAUUUUGAUGAUUCUCGUAAAGUCCUUUAUUAGUUGUUAACAACAUGUGGAAAUGUAUUUGCUUACUUACAAAAGUAACCUCUAUCUGUAUGACAUUUGAGCUAAUUCUGUUUGGGCUAUGAUAAUGUGUAAGAAAAAGAAUACGGAAAAAAAAAAGCUUUCUAAUGAACGCGUGGGAGUGAGGAGCCCGGUCUGAGCAAAGCUAAUCUCACCGCACGUUGGGGGUGAGACACGUCUCUGGCUGCCUGAGAGCACUAAGGCCCCAUAGCACAGGAAACCACAAAGGUACAGCAAACGGAGAAACACACACACACUUCCCCUGCGGAUGAAAAGCUCUGCACACACACAGACACACCUGCCCUUGGCACAUUCUCCUGAUCCUUACGAUUUUCUCAGGUUUGAAAGCAAAAAUGACGGCCUGAGUCACACUGCUAGCUUUUAAACAAAGCCUACGACUUUUUCCACCUCAGGAAAAAAUUAAAUAAAAACAUAUACAACCAA